GUUGGUUGAGGUGAUUCUCAGCUCUCCGUUCAACUUCAACUUAGUAGUUGAGUUUGCUAUUAGUGAGUGUGUCGUAUAUAUAUAUAUAUAUAUAUAUAUAUUAAUGUGUGCAGUACGUCCAUGAAAGUGCUAGCAAGAGGAGUAGAGAGCUUAGUUGUUGAGCUCAUCAUCUCAGCUGGUUCUGGCACAGGCAGGCCCUGGCUAACUUUCAGUCUAUGGCCGAGACUGUUUUUCAUUUCCAGUCUGCCCAGAUUAUUAUUCCAUUGUCCAGUGUUACAAAACAAAUUAUAUAAAAAAUAAAUAUUAUUAAUAACAACUAUUAUUAUUAUUCUUGUUGUUGUUGUUGUUGUUAUUAUUAUUAUUAUAAUUAACGAGUGUUGUAAACGUUUGCUUGAGUUUGGUCGGGAGCACUCGGGAAACGCCAUUUUAUGUGUUUGGCUCUGACACUGGAACAACGACCACCACCACCACGAUAACGACAACGACAACCACAACCAGGAUAGUGCUACGCUUAGAAACAGCUAGACAGUUUUAUUUAACAGUUUAUAUAGCAGUGCUGCUGUGUGUGCUAUCCUAAUUAAUCGUUAUUAAUUUAGUGAUAUAUAUAUAUAUAAAAUUGUUUUGUUCUUUGUCUGUGUGUUAGCUAAAAUGUUGCUUAAAUAUUCAACGCCCGACAUGUAUAAGUAACAUUGUCGGGCCUGUCAGGGGCGGGCUUGCCGCGACAAUUAUUAUUAUUAUUAUUAUUAUUAUUAUCAUACAAUUUACAGGUAUUUGUAAUGGUAUAGUGAUGUUUUGUCUAUAAAUAUAUAAUAUUAUUAAAUAAUAGUAUGUAUAUGUAUAUAUAUUAUAAUUAUAUACAAAUGAAUCAUAUGGUUUUGAAAUAAUAAUAAUAAUAAAGAAAACAAAUUGUGUAUGUAAGUGUGUAAGUGUGUGUGUGUGUGUGUGGUAAAUUUUUGUAUAAAAAAAAAAAAAAAAAAGAAAUAGUGCAAGUGAAAAAAUUAGUAGUUUUUAUCUGUGCUAAUUGUGAAUUAUACGAUACAACAGCAGUUUUAACUGUAGCUACUGAAUAGCAAUAGCAGAAUUGUCACUGACAUUUGCUGAUUACAUUGCUAUUGUGUAAUUGAAACAAAAGAUUGUUUUCAUUUGUUGAUAAUCAAUCAUAACCUCUGGAUUAUUAUAACGCCAUUUUCACGGGGAUUUACCAUGAAUCCGAGAAAUAUUCCAUCUGAUAAGAUAAAUUUACGUCUAAUUCUUGUCAGUGGUAAGACAAAAGAAUUUUUAUUUAGUCCAAGUGACUCUGCAGGAGACAUAGCCCAUCAUGUAUUUGAAAAUUGGCCGGAAGAUUGGGCGGAAGAGGCGGUGGCAAAGGCUGAAAUCUUACGACUAAUUUACCAGGGACGGUUUUUACAUAGCAAUGUAACGCUCGGUGCACUGGGCCUUCCUUUCGGAAAAACAACAGUUAUGCAUCUAGUUCCACGAGAAAAUCUUCCCGAGCCUAAUUCUCAAGAUCAGAGACAAAAGAGCAAAGGCGGUGGAAGUAGUUGCUGCUCGGCAUCCUGUUGUAUACUCUAAAUGUUGGCUGCCUUGGAAACUCGUCGUGGUAUAAUAUUACAUAAACCAAUGGAAAUAAUCCAAGUUGAGCCAUUGUUUUUAAGAUUUUAUGAUUAUGUAUGUAUAAUCGUUAGUGACUGAACUUGUGAGCGAUGUAGCUAAGAUUAUUAAUUAUGUUAUUUAAUGCUGUUAAUUGAAUAUCUUAAUCGUGGUGGGGAUAAGUUAUUUAUAUAAAUAAUGAACGAUAACAAAUUUAUACUCUGUACUUUCUCUCUCUCUUUUUUUUUUUAAUUCUGUCAUACUAGGAAUAACAGUAAUUGAUUUAGUAUUGGAGCAAACAUCAUCAAUACAUCAAGUUUAAAUAUCGUACCAACGAUUUAAUAUUAUUAUAUUUAAUAAAAAAUAAUAAUAAUUUUAGCGUCAGAGCCAAAUUGUAUAAUAAUAAUAAUAAUAAUAAUAAUAAAAAUAGUAACAAUAAUUAUAAUUGUAACAAGCCUUUGAAUUGACGUAAUUGCUCAUCAACUGUUGGAAGUUAAUGGAUACUUGAGCUUCGUCAACACAUUAAAUACGAAAUAUUAACUUAUUUAAUUAAGUAAAGAUUGGAAGAAACAAAAUAACAAAAUAAACAUAUUAGCACUGAUAUAUAGAACAUGAUAAAAUAAACUGUGGUUAAUUUCAGCAGGCGUGUUCAAAUGCCUUUUUGUAUUAAUAAGUUCAUUGUCCUCUCUUUUGUAUGAAUCAUUAUUGCGUGCGAUUAUAAUGCGACAUUGUCAUUUAUAGACAUGAAAAUCCAGAGAUGAGUGAGAAAAUGUUUUUUUGAAAAUGUUAUUGAUAAAAUAAAUAUUUGUAAAAAGUUUCCCCGCUACGCCUCAAUACUAUAAUUAAACAGCAGAUACGCUCUCUGGAUUAUUAUUAUAAUUAUUAUUAUUAUUAUUAUUAUUAUUAUUAUUAUUAUUAUUAUUAUUAUUAUUAUUAUUAUUAUUAUUAUUAUCAUUAUGCUACAGUGCUUAAAAUUUCAAUCACUACCAAAUUACUACCGCAGUGUUAUUAUAAUUACGUAGGCUAAAUACACGUAUGAGUCUAUUUGCAUUGGAAAAAUUGUGUGAAUGCGUGUUGUGCGAAUUAUUGAUAUAAUAAGAAAAUAAAAUAAAAAUAAUUUUAUGAUGUGAUAUGCAAGUAGUAUAUAUUAUCAAGCAGUUAAACUCUCAUAUUUUAUUAUUAUUAUUAUUAUUAUUAUUAUCGUGUAUUUAAAAAAAGUAAUAUUAUGAUUACGCCACUUUGAGAAAUGUUUAGUCAAAGUGUUGAAAAAGAAAAUCUCUUAUUGUAGUUAACAUUAUUGAUUUAAAUUAUAGAUAUUUUCUUGUUAGGUUCUUAUCUACUCUCCACCACCAUCAAUAAUCCCAGAUUUUAAUCCUCGUCUUUGAAAAAUUCAUCGAUUCAGCUUUUAAAUUAAAUUUUUGAACAGUUAUUCCAAUACUGUAAAUGUAGAGAUAAUUUUUUUUUCUUUUAUUUUAAGUACACAUUUGUAUAGUAAUUAGAUAGAUUGUUAUUAUUAUUGCCAUUAUUAUUAUUAUUAUUAUUAUUAUUUAUUUUAUGAUAUAUUUCUAGCUUAUCCUGCACAUAUUUAACAAUAAUUUACUAUGUAAUUUAUGCUAUAUACAUAUAUAUAUAUCUUACCAGUGCUUAACAGCCAAACCAUGUAUAUACUUUUCUCGUACAUUGAAUUUUAUCGAAAAUUUAUUAUAAAAAAAAAAAACACUGUUUUUCUUUGAAUCUUUUUUUUAUCUAAUUGUUAAAAUUUUAAUAUAAAUAUAUUCAAUUGUCAUCAAUUUUCAGUAAUCACUACUGCUCAGCACACAGCAAAAUCCAAUUGAAUUAAAAUUUAACUUUUAUCAUAAUAAUGAUUUUAUUUUUGUUAUUAUCAUAAUAUGAUAAUAAUAUAAAUCUCAUUGUGGUCUUUAAACAUAUCAUGAUAAGUAUAUUUGUUAGUCGUCAAAUUUUACAAUAAUUCAACUAUUAAAGGCCAAACAAUUAUUUAAUAAUAAAACAAUAUUAUCAAUCAAUAAUGAUAAUAAUAAUGAUGAUGAUAAUAAUAAUAAUAAUAAAAAUUCAUUUUUCAAGAUUUGAAAUGCUCUAGUGAAUUAUUUUAAAUUAACAAAAAAAAAAAUGAAUUCAUUCAAUAAAUAUAUCAUGUCGAAAAUUUUACCUGAAAUAAUUUUAAAUUACUGAGAAAAAUUUUCUAACUUUCUUUUUUGUUUGUUAAAGUAAUAAAAUAUAACAAAGCUGUCUAAAUUUUAAACAAUGCGUUUUAAGAUUUUAAAUAUAAUUUUAUCGAUAUAUUAUAUUCAGCUUUAUUGAAGUAUAAUAAAUAGAUGCCACGGUUAACAAACCUUAAAUAAAGUUUAUAGUCGCAUCUUUGAUAAUAAUAAAUUGUAUGGCACUAUCAGUUAAAUUCUUAAUUAAAAAAACAUUUAACAUUAUGAUUAGAAAUAUAUAUGUAUGUUGUACAUGAUAAAAUCAUCUUUUGAACAAUUAGACGAAAACAUAACGCUAUAAAUUAUGGUUGGUAAUAGAAAAUUUUACAACAACGAAACUCUAUUUUCAACUCACUACUAUCAUACAACUUCUAUUACUAUCACUAUUACUACAACUACUACUACUACUACUACUAAUAGUAAUAAUAAUAAUAAUAAUAAUAAUAAUAAUAAUAAUAAUGAUAUAAACAAAUAUAUAUUAAGUAUAAAGAUUACCUCUCAGAGGUAUUAUUUUAUUUAAGAUUAUGAACAUUAUAAACAAGGUUAUUCAAUUAGAAAAACGAAAAAAUGAAAAAACAAAUUGAGUAUUUUGAUGAUUUUAGAAUAUAAAUAUGUCAUUAGCCGUAUAAUAAAUAUAAUUUUCAAUUAGUGAAUGACUAAUAAUGCAGUAUAUUAACAUUUUAAGUAACAAAAUAAAUAUAGUUUUAUUAAAUUUCAUUCCAGUUUAUUAUUUAGUUGUUAAGUAUAAUUUAUUGUAAUUGAAAUUAAAAUUUAUUAAUUUGAUUGUUAUUAAAUAUAAAAUUUUUCGAUUAAAAUUCAAUUUAUUAAUAAUAUAUGGAUUAUAAGUUUUGCUUUUAUAAAAUAUCAAAUGGUCAAUAUGAUAAGAAGCGAGUAAAAGUAAAAAAAAACAGAAUUAACCACAAACUAUAUCUAGUUGUACGAGCAAUUAUUAUUGAUUUUAAAUCUAUUUCAUAUUUGUUUUUUUUAAAUAAUAUAAUUAUAAAUAUUAUUUAUUUAUGUGAAAUAAAAUCUUUUUACCAAUCUUUCAUUUUUUUUUUAAAUGGUGCAGUGUGAAUGAUUGGAAAAAGUUUUGACUGACCGUCCUAUAGAGUAGAUAUAAAGUAAACAAAGGUUCUAUUUUAUUAUUAUUAUUAUUAUUUUUUUUUUUUCAAGGAAGAAAAAAAAAUAUGUAAAAAAAAUCCUUCAAUAUUGCAAUUUCAUUAUAAAUAGAUAAAUAAAUAAAUAAUAUACGACUUUGUUUUAUGUAUCGAUUAUUAUAAUUUUUUUUUUAAUUUCUGUAAAUGGUAAUGGGAAAGUUAGGUGGUGUAAGAAUGAAAAAAAAAAAAAUGAAUUAAUAUUAAUGAAAAUGGAUGUUUAAAUAUUUUAAAUCAAUUUAAAGAUUAUAUUUACUCCAUUACUAUAAUCGUUAUUAUAAUUUUUCAUCAGUAAUUAUACUUAUUUAAAACUGGUGUGACGAAAAUUUUGUGUAUAUACACAGUUAAUAUAAAAACACGGAUAAUUAUAUAGACAUAGAUACACGUUUCAUUUUGGAAUACGUAAAUUUAUGAAAUACGCGAUGCUUUUCAUAAUGUAUACAUAUUUUUAAUUUUUUUGAUUCAUUAAAAAACAAUUAAGUGUAAACAAGAAAAUUAAAAUUUUAACGAUUCAAAAUAAUUUGAUUUGGUUACUAAGUAAUCGUAGUAUGACCUACAACUUGAAAUCUAAAUUGGUCACAAUCUAGAGUUAUCAAUUAUCAACAAAUAUUAAAUAUGUGUAAGAAUAAAUAAAGAAAUGUAACAUUAAAUCUAUCAAGUAUUCAAGGCAUAAUAAAUAUAAAUUUGAAAUAAUGAUAAUAAUAAUAAUAAUAAUAACAAUUAUAUAUACACAUUUAUGUGUAAGUAUUAUGAAUUUAAAUUAAUACUUAGAUAAUUAUUAUUUUUACAUUAUUAGUUGAAAACAACAAACUAAUAAUACUUUGAUUAUGACAACUAUGAAUACGUAAACUAUCGCGUAUUUCAAAUAGGAUAAUAAUAAUAAUAGUAAUAAUAAUAAUAAUAAUAAUAAUCACAUCAUACACAUUUCAUCACAUCAUCCAUACAUAAAAGAAUAAUACUAAUUAUUAAAAAACAAACACAUAUAAAUAUAUAUAUAUAUAAUAAUAAUAAUAAUAAUAUUGCGUUACAUCGCUAAAAUUAGCUUGUAGGCAAUAUUAAUCUGUAAAUAGAAACUAUGUACUAAUAUUUCAAACUGGCGAAAUAAAUAUCAUAAGUGUUCUAAAUUCUUUCCUAAAAAUCUGAUUAUUAAUUUUAAAAAAAUAAAUUCAAUAAUAAUGAUUAAAUAUCUUGUAUGUUUGUUAUUAUUUUUAUGUGGUUUAAUCGUUAUUAUUAUUAUUAUUAUUAUUAUUAUUACUAUCACAUUAUCUCUAGUAAAUAUAUUCGUUGUAUCUGGACACAGAAAAUAUUAGUUAAAAAAACAAAUGAAUGAGAAGCGACCUUAAUUAUACUAAAAUAAAGACAUAAUAAUAACAACAAAAAAAAAAAAAAAAAAAAAAAAAAAAAAAAAAAUAUAUAUUUUGCGGAAUAAAUUAUUUAUGUGUAAUUAUAAGUGUCACGAUUUUUAUCAAUUAUUAAGAGUUUCUAAAUCGAAAAAGCGAUUAAUGAAGAAAUAUAUUACUCUGACUGAUGUUAUUUAUAUAACUCAAAAAUAAAUAAUUAAACUUAUUAAUGCUUCUAAUAUAUAAAUAUAUAUUUGUGUCCUAUUGUAACGAAUAUCAGUUUUUUUUUUCUGCAAAAGUUAUAGUAAUAAUAAUAAUAAUAAUAAUAAUAAUAAUAAUAUCAAUAAACAAAUAAUGCUUGUGUUGUACACACUUGAUUUGUAAAUAUUAGAUCGUAUUUUUGUCUUUAUUAAUGUAAAAUCAACGAGAAUUUUAUCUGCAAAUUAAUGGCUUAGUUAAUAAUAGUAUAUUAUAAAUAAAAAAUAAAGUUUAAAAAAAAAAUUUUGAAAUUUUUGUGGUUUUAUAAUUUAUUUCAAUUAAACUAUUAUAUAUACUGUUUUAGUACCUAAAAAAAUCUAUGAUAAUACUAUAUUAAUAAUAACGAAUAAUUUAAUUAUAAAUUUUUAUUCGUUUUGUAAUGAAAUUAAUAAAACAAUUUGAAUAAAUAUUUAGGAGUAGGAGUUAUAAAAAGUAAUAGAUUAAAUACAUUUUCAGAGUAUAAACUAUUAUUAUUACAAGAAAUUAAAGUUUAAAAAAUUAAUUAUAACAAUAAUUAGGCCCGUAAUCUUUGUCGCGGCUCAUCCUCCGUUUCAUACUCAAUUUCAACACGGGGACGUUUUAAUUUCUUUUUUAAUUCAUCUUUCUUUUGUUGUUGUUUGGACGAUUUUAAUUUUUUGCUCGUUGUAAUAGUCAUAUCUUCAA